AUGAUCAUAUUUGAGCUGCUACUCAUUUGAGUGUAAGUCAAGAAAUAUACUAGGCCAUAGAAAUCACUUGCAAACCCACCUUGCCGUUGAACUUCCCCAAUUUCACUUGGGUUUUGCACCUUGUCUAGCUUAUUGGAAUUCGUCACUUUCUUUUGGUAACCGAUAACAACUCAACAGACAUGUUUUUUGGACAACCUACUAUGUUCUAUCUGGGGUCAACUAGGCACAUGUAAAUCCGUUGAUAAGUUAAUUGGGUCAAAAUUCAGCACAAACCACUUAAAAAUAGUUAAAUCAGUUUAGAAUCGAACUCGGGCCGGCUAGGAAUCGAACUCAACUAGGCACGCAUAAAUCCGCUGACAGGUUAAUUGGGUUGAGAUUCAACGUAAACUAAGAAAUAGCUGCACGAGUUUAGAAUUGAACUCUCGAUCUCUUUACACCCUAAGUUUAUAGAGAUAACCAAUUAGCCUAUUGUCAAAUGGUUUAUUGCAAUUCAUUAGGGUGACUGAGCACAGAAAAACGAAAAUGAGGAGGCAAGCCUCAGAUGAGUCCAUGAUUUUGUUUCAAGGGGCAAGUAUUCUAAAAUGGUUUUAAAGCUGACCACAAUGAUGGACGUACAUGAGUCACUUUGAAGCCUUUGUUCACACUUGACGAGUAAUGGAUGAAUUUCAGUGCCCCCACCUGGGAGCAACCCCCACGUAUCAAUCAAGCCUUUGAAAGCAGGUCUUUCCUUUCCUACUUGGUCAUGAGCUCAGUCCAUGAUCUCAUGCAUAGUCAGUCUUAUCCACAACAUUGCCACCAAUGACUUCUUGUGUACGGACAGCCAGCUUGGUCAUGCUCUCAUCUUUAUGCAUUGACACGAUUGAUUCAGUCCUUCUUGCCAAGUAGCAACGCCAUUCAGCACAAAGACACGUCUCAAUUUCUCAAUCUCCAUCACUUGACCAGUAUAAAAUACCAAACACCCAUUACUUCUUCAGCCCCAAAUGUGAUUACCCAAAUCUUAAUUUUCACAAUAUUAUCCUGUUCUUGACUGACCAUUUCAGUGAUGGCUGGUGAUGGUGUUGUUGGAGAAGGAAAGCAAGUCAAGAGACCUGCACAGGCUAGUUCAAGGAAAGGGUGCAUGAGAGGCAAAGGUGGCCCUGAAAAUGCACUCUGUACUUACAAAGGUGUUCGACAACGAACUUGGGGCAAAUGGGUCGCUGAAAUUCGUGAACCCAAUCGUGGUGCGCGGCUCUGGUUAGGUACUUUUGACACUUCACAUGACGCUGCGAUGGCUUAUGAUGCUGCUGCUGGCAAACUAUACGGACCGGAAGCGAAGAUCAACCUGCCAGAGUUGCACGCCCUCUCUCAGUCCCAACAUCAAACACCUUGUGUGCAUACCCAGGUUACCCAAUUGGAAACAGCCCAAAACCAAACUCCAGUCCCAUGCACUUCAGGUGCCAAUCCCAGAUGUCCGUCGAAUUCAAACCCAGUUGCCAUACCCAAUGACAAUUCAAUCAACUCAAUCAGGCCACCAGAAAACAACCAUUUGAAGCCCGAGCACGGAGAUCUGUUUGAUAUUUGGGAGAAUUUGAACGUGAACUUGCCAGCGUUUGAUGAUUCAAUUUGGGCAGAAGCGGCAACGUCAAUAGAUUUUCCAGUGAUGGAGAAUUCAGGAAUUUUUGCUGGCAAUUUAACGGGUGGUUCAAGUUGGGACGCGACGACACAGUGGUGCGUGCUAGAGUAGAUUACAUUUACUUUUUAUAGAUAGAUAUAUAGAGUGGAAGGAACCAGUGGAAGCUGGAAUAACAUCUGUCUACUAUUUUUAUUUCGAAAGAAAGGCAAUCGUAUGUAUGAAGCUACUUUUCAGGUAGAUGAGAGGAAGAUUAUGUAAAUCUUGCUGGAAUCAUGAAGGAUCUGAUGAGGCAAGGUGGAAGAGUGUGAAAAGUUUUAACAUAUACGACACCAAAGACGUGCAUGUAGUAUGUUGGAUUCUGGCAAAAUAUGCUGUCAACAAAAAUGUCGAUCAUGAACUUUUGGUCUGGCAGCGAUGAGCAAAGAAAGAGCCUGGUAUCAUUUAAAGAGUGGGAAGAACGCAUGAAGGCUGCUGCAUUAACCAACAUCAAGAAAAUUGUUGCAACUGCUUAUUUUUCUUAAAAUGUGCAGCUUCAUGAUCCACCUCUUCAUCUCACCACUCCUUUGAUCCACCUCAGUUUCUUCUUCUGCCUUUUUGUUUCAUCUCAUGUAAUUAUACCCAAUUUCUUUUGGUUUUGUCUUUCUUUGGUUUUUUCAUUUUCAUUUUGUUUCAAGAUUUCGGGUCAUGUUGCCCAGGAUGUCUAAAUCUUUGGCCAUCACCUGUGAUGCCCAUCUGUAUUUUUUGGUUCUUUUGUUAAUAUAUUUCCGUGGCUUAUCAAAAAAAAUAUAUAUAAUAU